CUAUGCUGUCAAUGUAAGUCUUUAAUAAUUCUUACAUUUUAUAUAAGAGUUACUAUAAUUUUUUAUUUUUUAAAAUAUGAAAUGAGAGUAUAUCCCAAGAACACCUAAUUAGUUAUAAAGGAGAAAAUAAAAAAACCAAUUCUUUCUUGAACAUGCCAAGAUUCUUGAUUAUAGCAUAUAUUUAGAUCAUACUCAAAACUCAAAAGGCUCAUUAAUGUUUAGCCCAAGCCUACCAGUAGGAUAAAAAAGGCUUCAAUUAUUCUUUUAGAUUUCAUAAAAGAAAAAUUCUAGGAUAUCGAUUUAUUAUCAUACUGGAUUUUAAAUUUGAGUCAUUGAUUUAGGAUAUAGAUUUGUUCUUAAACUUUUAUAGUGGGUUAAAUUACAAAUUUAUCAUUGAAAGCUAUUGUUGUUGGAGUAUUCUACUAGCAUAAUAUUAAUUACAAUGUGUCUACUAAUACAGUCAUGUAGAAUGAACUACUAGACUUCAAUUAUUUUCUUCAAUGUAAUGAUAUUCCAUACCUAAAAUGUCAUAUAAUACUAGGUUAUUUUCUUAUGCUAUAUUUUAGUAUUUUAGUAAAUUGAGUAUUCCUAUACUAGCCUGUUUGUAUGUUUCAUAUAAUAUUAGGUUGUUUACCUGUAAAAUCAAUAUUUAUAUGAUUAAGUAUUUCAGUAAUUUAUUUUUCCAUUUAUGAAACAUGAUCUAUAUAAAAGCACUUUUCCAUCAAAUACUUUUCAAUAUUAUGUAAAACCAAUCAACAAUAUCUCACAUUUUUGUAAAUAGAAUGAAUUGUGAGAGACUCACCCAACUUUUGGUAGAGGUGGAUACUUCAUGGGAUGCUAGUGGUGAUGACCAAAACCCAGUGGAAAGGGCCUCUGAAUUGUCCCAAAGACAAGAAGGGAAAAUCCCUCAAGGAAGUACUUCAACUAGUGAGUAUAACAAAAGCGUUGAAAAUCCAUUAUUGUUGGCAACAAUAUCAAACAUUCAAGAGAUUGUCAAAGCAAUACUCAAUUGCCAACCUCAAGUGCUUGAGCAUACCAAUAAGAAGUGCGAAGAAAAUCCAUUAUUUUUGGCAAUAAUAUCUAACAUUCCAAAUAUUGUUAGAAAGAUACUCACUUUUCAUCCUCAGGCCAUUGAGCUUACUAAUAAGGAGGGAAUGAAUAUAUUACAUGUGGCAAUCCUUUAUCGUCAUACUCAAAUUUUUGAUAUGGUGGUAGAAGAGUUUGAAGUACUUUCAAGAAGGCUAUUAUCAGCUAGAGAUGAUAAAGGGAACUCAUUACUACAUAUGGUUGGCCAAAAAAGAAAAAGUCAAGUCAGUGAAAAGAUGCAAAGCCCUGCACUCCAAUUGCGACAAGAGUUAUUGUUAUUUGAGAAAGUGAAGAAAGCUUGUCAGUUGCAUGUCACCAAGCCUCUCAACAAAGAGAACAAGACUGCUGAAGAAUUAUUUGUUACUAGGAAUGAGAAACUCCAUCGGGAAGCCAAGGAAUGGCUAAUGCGCACCACUGAGAAUUGCACCCUUCUUUCUGUUUUCAUAGCCACAGUUGCCUUUGCAGCAGCCUACACCGUACCAGGGGUCCAGGAGGUCCUGAUCAAAAUACCGGUAUUCCAAUCCUUAACUGCAAACCCUUCUUUGUGGUUUUCAUUAUAGCUGAUGUGAUCUCCCUCACUUUGGCUUUGACAGCUGUGGGUAUAUUUCUCACCAUCCUUCAAUCCUCAUUCCUAUUAGAAGACUUCAAGAAAUAUCUUUUUGAGAAGUUGAUACAGGGAAUUAUAUGUUUGAUGCUCUCGGUCUUAAUGAUGGCGGUGGCGUUUGGAGCAACAAUCAUCCUGAUAAUGAAACAUAAUUGGAAAAAGGCUGUUUGGCAUGUUGUUGCAUUCCUUCCCGUACCCAUUUUUUUCCUCUCAUAUUCACCUCUACGUUCAAUAGUCCUGCUAAUUCACAUCAAAAAAUUGUUGAAAGAAGUUUUAAAAUCCAUCAAAGGUGUUGCUCUUGUGGCUCUAAUAAUCCUUCUUGGCCUCAUUAUUCGUCUCUGUAGAGCUUGCAUGGAACUGUUCAAUACUGUAGCAAAGGCUUGUGAGUUUAUUAUAUGUAAACCUGUUCGUUGGACAUGUUGUCAGCAAACUGCAGCUCUAUGUGCUGAAGUUUGAAAGGACAAACAGAAACUCUUUUCAGAGCACGUGCAUGGAUGAAUUGUCUUCUCCUUUCCUAUAUAUUUUCAAGUAGUAACAGAGCAUGUCUGUGUAAAGUUAAUUAGCAUAAUGAGAACGUAGUAUCAGUUGAUGACUCAUUAUGAUGCAUGUGUGUUUUAAAUUUUAAUUUUAGAGACUGUUAUUAUGUAUUUAACUACAUGAUUUUAUUAUUUGUUUUUA